AUGUCUUCCUCCAUCCCCGUCAGCGUCGACCCUCCCGCCCCCGACCCUGGUCCUUCCUCUUUGUCCGCGUCACGAUGGCCGUUUAGCUUGUACAACCGCUUCUCUGCGUGGAGGAAGGCUCUCGACCUUCCUAACCCCGGCACGUCCGAAAACCUCACCAAGGAGGCCAAGAACACGCUUCUGAACAACUAUCUGUUCGAUGGCGCGAGGGCUGACCUGUCGAAGUCAUUGUCGAUGAACCCUGCGUUCAACGUCACACAUUCGUUCACAUUGGGCUCGCAAACUGCGCCACCAGCAUAUCACUUCGGCGCGAUAUUUGCCAAUGAGAACCUGUUUCUGCACGGGAACAUCGACAAUGACGGAAGCAUGUCCGGGCGCAUCAACCAGGGUUGGACUGCCAACAAUGUGACGAAGGCUCAGGCUCAGCUCUCGUCACAAGCUGGCCAGAACUUCUUCCAGGUCGAGCACGACUACCAGGGCUCGGAUUACACGCUGAAUGCCAAAGCUGUCAACCCCAGCCCCGCGGACGGCACGGGCAUCUACAUCGGCUCCUACCUCCAGUCCUUCACCAAAAACCUCGCGCUCGGCGUCGAGGCCGUCCUCCAGCGGCCGUCCCCGGAUAUGGCCGACGUUGCGGCGGCGUACAUGGUCAAGUACACCUCCACGGACCGCAACUGGAUCGCGACCGCGCAGGUGCAGGGCGCGGGCAUCCUGCAGGCGACGUACUGGCAGAAGCUGAGUGACAAGGUCGACGUCGCUGCCGAUCUGCAGCUCGUCGCGGGCCAAGGGAGGAGAGACGCGCUCGCGAGCCUUGCGGCGCGUUACGAGCUCCGCAUGGCGUCGUUCAGGGCGCAAGUCGACUCGACGGGCAAAGUCGCUGCGCACCUCGAGCAGCGGUUUGCGCCGACGUUCUCGUUCUUGGUCUCGGGUGAGAUCGACCACUUCAAGAAUGCGGCGAAGGUCGGUGUAGGCGUGAUGAUCGAGAGCGCGAGCUUCACUCCAGAGGAGAUGGCCCUGAUGCCUCCUCCGCCCGGAUCAGCGGGGUUGUCCGCGCCCUAGCACUGAGACAUGCAAGUAUCUUACUAGCCAUAGAAUAUUAGGUGCAUAUACGCACUGCCACCCCUCUUCAUGCUCCGAUAAUACUGCACUCGCAUCUUGCAUUCACGUCGAUACGAGCCGUGUCUCCUGGUCUUUGAGACUGUAACUGCUAC